AUGCAGCACAGCUCCAUCCACUGGUUUCGGAAAGGUCUCCGGCUGCAUGACAACCCAGCACUGCUGGCGGCGGCUGCCGAUUGCUGCCGCCUUCAUCCCCUCUUCAUCCUCGACCCCACCAGUGGCCAGGCAGGUGCCAAUGCCCAGCGGUUCCUCCUCGAUGCCCUGCGGGACUUGGAUGGGAGCCUGAGGGCAAUAGGCUCCAGGCUGUUUGUGGUGCGGGGCUGCCCAGAGGAGGUGUUCCCUCGUCUCUUCCGUGCCUGGGGGACAACGCGGUUGACCUUUGAGGUGGACACCGAACCCCCCACCCGCCGGCGCGAUGCUGCUGUGGCCGAGCUGGCGGCCCGGCACGGCGUGGAGGUGAUCCAGGAGGUGUCUCACACCCUCUACGACACCGAGAGAGUCCUCGCCCUGAAUGACGGCAAAGCCCCCCUGACCUACAAGCGCCUGCUGAGCCUCCUGGCAUCCCUCGGACCCCCGGAGAAGCCGGCCCCUGCGCUCACCCAGGAGCAUCUCCAGGGCUGCCGCACCCCAUGCCAGGUCAGCCAUAACACUGACUACGGGGUCCCCACCUUGGAGGAGCUGGGCCAGGACCCCACUGAGGUAGGACCUCACCUGUACCCUGGCGGGGAGACGGCAGCGCUCGCCCGGCUCGACAUGCUCAUGGAGAGGACGGCCUGGGUAUGCGGCUUCAAGAAGCCAGAGACUGAGCCCACCUCGCUGAGCCCCAGCACCACCGUCCUCAGCCCCUACCUCAAAUUCGGCUGCCUGUCAGUCCGCACUUUCUGGUGGCGGCUGCAUGAGGUCUACCAGGGGCGGGAGCACUCCCAGCCCCCCGUCUCCUUGCACGGGCAGCUCCUCUGGAGGGAGUUUUUCUACACCGCCGGCGCCAGCAUCCCCAAUUUUGACCAGAUGGUUGGCAACCCCAUCUGCCUGCAGGUCGACUGGGAUGACAACCCCCAGCACCUCCACGCCUGGAGGGAGGGCCGGACAGGCUACCCCUUCAUCGACGCCAUCAUGACCCAGCUACGCACCGAGGGCUGGAUCCACCACCUUGCUCGGCACGCUGUCGCUUGCUUCCUCACCCGUGGGGACCUCUGGGUCUCCUGGGAGGAAGGACUGAAGAUCUUUGAGGAGCUCCUGCUGGAUGCAGACUGGUCCCUCAAUGCCGGGAACUGGCUGUGGCUGUCGGGCAGCGCCUUCUUCCAUCGGUAUUUCCAUGUCUACUCACCCAUCACCUUCGGCAAGAAGACGGACCGGGACGGGGCAUACAUUCGGAAAUACCUUCCUGUCCUCAAGGAUUUCCCCACCGAGUACAUCUACGAGCCCUGGAAGGCAUCGCGGGCCGUGCAGGAGCGGGCAGGCUGCCUGGUGGGCACCCACUAUCCCCAGCCCAUCGUGGAGCAUGGGGCGGCGAGCAAGAGGAACCUGGGGCGUAUGAAGGCGGCCCGUGCCCGGAAAGCCCUGCCACCACCCCGGCUGCCUUCCUCUCCUCCAAGCACCGAACAGGAGCCACCAUCCGUCCCCUCCGUGGCCAAAUCGCAAAGGAAAAAGCCCAAGAUUGAGCAGCACUGA